CAAAUUCAGACCAAUCAACUGACCGGGAGACCGAUCAAGCAAGCAGAGUGAGUGAACAUCAACUUAAUGUUCAGUGUUUGUUGGAAUAGAAGCUAUAGAGGAUGGAUGUGCUUCCCAGUUGAAACUCAUAAGAUUCUUGACAAGCCACGUUGGAGAAGAUAUGGCUCCCCAGCUCCAGUCUCAGCCCCUGCUCACUCUGAAGGUGGUCAAUGGGGACCUGAGCAAGUUGAGUCCUGCGGUGAGAGACUUUGUGGAAGAAAGUGCAAAGCUGUGUCAGCCAGCCAGCAUCCACAUCUGUGAUGGAAGCGAGGAAGAGAACAGGCAGCUUCUUUCCCUGAUGGAGGAGCAGGGAAUGAUCAAACGCCUGCACAAGUACCAGAACUGCUGGCUGGCUCGCACGGACCCCAAGGAUGUUGCUCGUGUGGAGAGUAAAACGGUGAUUGUGACCCCUGAGCAGAGGGAUACCAUUCCCAUAGCAAAGAACGGAGUGAGCCAGCUUGGGCGAUGGCUGUCAGAGAAGGAGUUUGAAAAGGCCUUCAAUGCACGAUUCCCAGAGUGUAUGAAAGGGCGUACGAUGUACCUUAUCCUGUUCAGCAUGGGGCCUGUGGGGUCGCCUCUGUCCAAGAUUGGUGUCCAGCUCACAGACUCGCCGUACGUUGUGGUCAGCAUGAGGAUCAUGACUCGCAUGGGAUCGGCUGUGCUGGAGGCCCUGGGCAGUGGCCAGUUUGUGAAGUGUCUCCACUCAGUGGGGUGUCCUCUGCCACUGAAGAAGCCGCUGGUCAAUAACUGGGCCUGCAACCCCGAGCUGACCCUGGUCGCCCACAUUCCUCAGCGCAAGGAGAUCAUUUCAUUUGGGAGUGGCUACGGUGGGAACUCCCUGCUGGGGAAGAAGUGUUUUGCCCUGCGCAUCGCCUCGAGGAUCGCCAGGAAUGAGGGCUGGCUGGCUGAGCACAUGCUGAUCCUGGGAGUAACCAACCCCAAAGGCCAGAAGAAGUACAUUGCUGCAGCUUUCCCCAGCGCCUGUGGCAAAACAAACAUGGCCAUGAUGAACCCGACACUGCCUGGCUGGAGAGUGGAGUGUGUGGGAGAUGACAUCGCCUGGAUGAAAUUUGAUGAGCAAGGAAUCCUGAGGGCAAUCAACCCAGAAAAUGGCUUUUUCGGUGUCGCCCCUGGGACGUCGAUGAAGACAAACCCAAACGCCAUGAAGACCGUUCACAAGAACACCAUCUUCACCAAUGUGGCAGAGACCAGUGACGGUGGUGUUUACUGGGAAGGAAUUGACGAAACCCUGCCCCCCAACGUCACUGUGACGUCAUGGAAGAACAAAAGGUGGACGCUGCAAGAUGGAGAACCUUGUUCACAUCCCAACUCCAGGUUCUGUGCUCCUGCCAGGCAGUGUCCGAUCAUAGAUCCAAACUGGGAGUCUCCCGAAGGCGUUCCCAUUGAAGCAAUUAUCUUUGGAGGGCGAAGGCCGAAAGGGGUCCCUCUGGUGUACGAAGCAUUCAACUGGCAGCACGGAGUUUUCAUCGGAGCAGCCAUGAGGUCAGAGGCUACAGCUGCAGCUGAACACAAAGGUAAGGUCAUCAUGCACGACCCCUUUGCCAUGAGGCCUUUCUUCGGGUACAACUUUGGCAAGUACUUGUCCCACUGGCUCAGCAUGGAGCACAGGCCCUGCUCAAGACUUCCCAAGAUCUUCCAUGUCAACUGGUUCCGCAAGGACAAGCAGAACAACUACCUGUGGCCGGGCUUCGGCGAGAACUCGCGAGUCCUGGAGUGGGUGUUUCGGAGGACCGAGGGGGAGGACUGCGCCAAGGUCUCUCCUUUGGGUUUCAUCCCCGCAGAUGGAUCCCUGAACCUCAAGGGCCUGAGCAACGUGAACACAGACGAGCUGUUCAGUGUCGAGAGGGAGUUCUGGGAAGGGGAAAUAAAAGAGAUCAGAAAAUAUUUUGAAGAGCAAGUCAACAACGACCUUCCCAGUGAUGUAGCCAAUCAGCUGCUGCAGUUAGAGCAGAGAAUAAAUCGCUUGUAACAAGGGCCAAUAGGGAUAGAACAAUAACCAUGAUUAUUUCCUAUGAAAUGGCCUCCAAUUGGUGUACAGCAGUGUUUAUUGAGACUGUAAGCUAGAUUCUUAGGCACGUGCAAGAAUAUUGAUGAGCUGCGCCUACAAUUGUAAUGUUUUUAGCUUAUGACAACAGGUCAAAAAUAAUGUUCCUUGAAGUGGGCAUUUACAAUCAUAAAUAGCAGCUUGUCCAGCUUUAUCAUGUACCAUAAUACUGCAGCCGCUAAUAUCAACGGGGCCUUUGAAUGCACAGUCUGGCAGUGGAAGUCCAUUGCUCAGAAUCUGUUACAGAACUGCCUGUAGCCUAUGUGAAGGAAACAGGACUUUAACCUGGUGGUCAGCUGUUCCGAGCCUGUAUUAAUGUUCCUGCAGGAGUUUUAGGGAGAAGUGUGCUGUCCAAUGAGCACCAGGCAGCAAGAUACUUCUAACCAGACAACUGUAAUUUUAGUUUUUCCAUUAGGUAUGAUAAAGUUGUUCAUUUAUCAGCAAGAUGCAAUCAGUGCCCUGAUGCCAUGGCCUCACCGAUCGACAACUUGUGAUAUACCAGAUAUAUAAACUCGGUCCAUCAGAGAGCGGUUGAUAGUGAAGGUGGAGGCCCAAAUCAUUUAUUAAAGCAAAGUGUGUUAAUCUUUUCAAACGAUAAAAUAUUUUUCUACAACUAACUUUGACUGAACUUACAUUAUAAUCCAGUAUGUUCCAAGAGGAAAGAUCACUGUACAUAUGUGUGUUGUUUAAAAAUAAAGUGUUUUCCUAUGUUCUCUA